AUGCCUAGCUUCUCGGAGCCUCAAAACUCCAUUGCCUGCUGGAGAAAACGCAAGCGUGACCAUGAAGACUCCGCAACCUUGCCCCGUCCGUCAUCUUUUGUGCCAUUUAGAGUAGGCCAUCCAAACUGUGACGUCGGUUUCUCUUCACCCCUGGCCCAUCACCCAGAAGGAGGUGACUGUUCAUUUCAACCCCGGUGCCUUCCUCGCAAACGCCGACACCUCCAGACCCCCUUCCUCUCAUUUUCAACCCCUCAGCAAACCUCUCUCUUCUCACCGAACGCCUACGUUGCACCGCUAGACCCUUACUCGCCGCCCGUCUCUCCCAAGACCCUCGUGCCGCUCUCCUAUCCAUCAAAUUCAGCCUCAGCGCUACGUCCGUGUCACAUCUGUCACAGACGCCCCACAACUCGCCACGUCCUAGAUGCAUAUGCAGACUGUGACCUAUGUGGAGAAAGAGCCUGUUUCAUCUGUUUGCGCCAGUGCGAUGCCGUCGAUUGUCCCGGCACCAUCAAUGUACCAGUAACAGCACCCAACGGAGAUCUGUUCAGUCAGGAAGAAGAUUUCGAUGGACGGAGGAAGAUCUGCUCUAGCUGUGCAGUCGAAGGCAUCACUGAGACCGGCACAGAAAUCGUGAGAUGUCUCGACUGUGUUCGCGGUCAUACCCCAUGGUCCGCGGGGCCCACUGCCUCGCCGUGGACAUUGAAUGAGAUGAAUCAUGAUGGCAUGGGCGGAUGA